AUGAAGGAUCUUGGAGAAGCAAAAAGGAUCCUUGGCAUUGAUAUAAAGAGACCAAAACUGAAUGUAAUCACUCUAUCACAGAGAGAUUACUUGGAGAAACUACUGUGUAAAUUUGGUAUGAAUAAUUGCAAAGAAGUAUCAACUCCUCUUGCACAACACUUCAAAUUAUCAACAUACCAAUCUCCAACAACAGAUGAAGAAAGAGCCAUGAUGAACAAGAUACCCUAUGCUAAUUGUGUAGGGAGUCUAAUGUACUCUAUGGUAUGUACUCGACCGGAUCUAGCUCAUGCUAUGAGUGUGGUUAGCAGAUAUGUUUCAGAUCCUGGAAGUGAACAUUGGGAGGCAGUCAAGUGGAUAAUGAGGUAUUUAAAGGGAACUCUGAACACAGGACUAAUAUUCAGCAAUGAAAGACAGUACAAAGAAGAAGUUUCAGGAUUUGUUGACUCAGAUUUUGCAGCAAAUCUUGACACAAGAAGAAGUUGCACUGGUUAUGUUUUUACUGUUCUAGGAGGUUGCAUCAGCUGGAAGUCAAACCUACAAAAAGUGGUAGCACUGUCCUCUACUGAAGCAGAGUAUAUGGCUGCAACUGAGGCCAUGAAAGAAGCUUUGUGGUUAAAAGGUUUGACAAAUGAACUCGGAUUUAAUUAA